AUUUUAUUUUAUUUUUCAAAGGUAUUCCAUCUUCACAUAGUAUUUAGUAUGUAUGUACUACUACUACUAGUGCAUGUAUACAUGUGAAAUGAAAUCAAAAAACACAUGGUGACCAAUGUCCAUCUCAUUGCAUUAGUAACCACAUUAGUUAAAUAGGCCAAAUUACAAUAUUCUUUCUAGAUAAAUCAACGUUGAGUGAUCAGGAGCAAAAAAGUUCUCCACACACACACACACAACUGUAUACUCAAACUUAAGUGAAUUUUAGAUUUUUUUGGAAUAUGAAUGUAAUUUCUUAAGAUAUAGGAUAUUUGAAAAUGGUUAUUGAGUUGGUUAAUGCAUAUGAUUGUUAGAAUACACAAUAAACAUAAACUUAUUUCAUUUGGAUCUUUUCAUGUAACUUAUUCUGUGAAAAAGAAAGGAAUUAAAGUUUUCAAAAACAAUUACAAUUAAAUUAUCCAAUGAAUUCAUUGUCUAAUCAAAAAUAUUUAUUCAUAAAUAUGAUCUUCAUUUUACUUUUGAAUGAGUUAUCAUUCAUUUUCGGUUUAAAUGAACAUGUUCAAGAGCCAAGUACAAUUUUAAACAAAGAAUGUGAAAAUGAUGAUCCAUUAGGCAUGAUAUCGGGAUCAAUUGCUGACUGGCAAAUAACUUCAUCUUCAACUUAUCCAUCUAGUUGGGUUAAAGGAUGUGAAGAGAAAAAUGCUCGUUUAUUUCGGACAAAUGGUUUAGCUUGGUGUGCAAAAUUCAAAUCCUCUUCGGAAUGGCUUCAAAUUGAUUUAGGUGUACAAGCACUGGUGACAGGUAUUAUGACUCAAGGUCGAGGUGAUGGUUCAGAAUGGGUGACUUCAUUCAUGGUAUCUUACAGUGAUGAUGCUAUGCACUGGAAAUUUGUCACCGAUCAAUAUGCUAAUCAAAAAAUUUUUGAAGGAAAUUCAGAUUCCUAUUCAGUGAAACAUAAUUAUUUUGAUGAACCGAUUAGAGCGAGAUAUGUUAAAAUUCAUACAUACACAUGGCAUAAUCAUCCAAGUCUUCGAGUUGAAUUGAUUGGUUGUCAAACAUGUAAACAACUGAUUGGUAUACCUCCUUAUGCAAGAUUUGCUGCUUCAAGUUCUCGUGGUAAAAGAUCACAGAGAUCCUGUACUCCAGAAUACGGUCAUUAUCUAAGUAAUAAAGCAUGGUGUGCUCAGCGUCAGGAUUCUUUGCAGUGGCUUCAAAUAGACGUUGGCCCACCAACAUUGAUAACCGGUGUUAUUUUGAAGUCAAGAGGGGAUGUGAAGAAUUCGCAAUAUGUGACACGUUUCAAGCUGUCUUACAGCAAUGAUACACGUUUGUGGUACUUUUACAAGGAUGCAGCUCCUCUAGAUCCAAGAUCUACUGUGUGGUCAUUUGAAUGGAGUCAAAAAAUGAAAGAAUCCGAUAAUAAGACAAAAUCUGAUAAAAUAUUCGAUGGAAAUAAUGAACAAGUAACUGAACGUAUACAUUAUUUGGCUACUCCAUUUAUUGCACGUUAUGUACGCAUACAUCCAGUGAUAUGGAGAAGUCGUAUUGCAAUGCGUGUUGGUCUGUUAGGCUGUAAACAAAAAGGUUUUUGUAGUCCUGGUUUCUUUCGGAUUAACAAUGAAAGUUCUUGCGUCCCUAAUCUCGCUUACAAGAAAAAUGCCUGGUUAACACCAGAAUCUUCAAAUCACCGUAAAAGAAAUCUUCAGGAUUCUGAUAAGUCACCACGUUCACUUGGUUUCCCUAAUGAGAUAAGAAAUGUAGUUGAUCCUCAGGAUCCAUUACAUUUUCAACAAACUGAAAAUCAACGUCCACCUAUGUUAGCUCAUCAUAGGAUAAGAGAUAACACCAUUAAUUCAAAUGCGUUCAGAUUCAGCAACAUACCUUUGUGGUCAUCAGUUAAUGGCAUGAUCAAUGAACAAUUCAUGGGUGACGAUAGUGAUGGAAUGGCAUUGUUAGCUGUUGAUGGUUGGACAGGUGAAGAAAUACUAUUAAGAAAUUCAACACUAUCAACAAGAUCAUCAGAGCGUCUAAUGAACGAUGCUCCAGACAAUAAACAACCGACAAAUGAUAGUUUCAAUAAAAAAGGUCUACAGAAUAUACUACACACAACCUCCAUGAUACAAAAAUCUGCUCAUCCUUGCACAGUACUUGAAUACAGAUGGCCUUUUGUUGAAUUACCUUCUUGGUAUGUAGACCUCAGAGAAUAUAUAGAAGUAAAAGGAGUUGUUAUUUAUACAGCAGGUCAUGGUCGAGAUGGAAGAUAUCUUCUAUCUUCUUUAUUUGGUGGUGAAGACAAAACAAAAUUCAACUCAGAAAAUUUAGAAAGAUUAUCUAUUUAUGUUGAAUCAGAACCACGUCAUCGAGACACUAAAACCCUGUCUAGACCAAGUUCUAGUCUAUGUGGUUUUGUCACUAGAAUUAAUGAUGCUAUAUUCAGUCCACGCUUACAUAUACCUUGCAGACAACCAUUAAUCGGUCGUUAUGUUUAUGUUGAAGCUCGUGGAGUUCGAGGCCGAUGGUCACAAGAGUUUGCAGCUUUGUUAUGUGAAGUUAUGGUGUAUUAAAAUGGAACUGUGUUCGGUAGUGCGGGGUACAAAUACAAAUAAUGCAUUUAUAAUUAUCAUGAUGAAUAUCAUUUAUACCUCAUUACAAUCAAUGACAAACAGAAUCAGUCAUUAUUUUAAUGGUAUAAACGCGAAAGAAAUUACUACAUUUAAAAUGAAUUUAACAUGAUUUCUUUCUGUCUAUUAAACAUUGUUUACCGACAGCUUGAUAUAUUACACUGUUUUCUUAAAUUCACUUUUUUAGGUAGGCGACACAUGUUCAUCAUUAAAAUAUAUGUUCACUAAAUAUAUUUACACAUAUAACAAUGUAAGCAUUGUGUAAUUCGUAAUUAAAUACAUUUCGGUUCAUAAUUUUGUCAACACAAGCACCUGAAUUAAAAUAACAAUUGGCCUUAUCUAAAAUGUUGUUAUUUGCUUUAAUGCACAUUGAGUUUAUUCUUUUCCGAUAUUUCAAUGUAAACUAUACAUUCAUCUUAUAGACAGGAAGACAGAUCACAUUACAAUAAGUAUGACAUUCAUGAGGUCAUUUAUAAAUUUCACAAUGAAUUUAAAAAAUUUGUUUCAUAGAUAAAUCUUUUAAAAAUAAAACUAACAAAUAAAAAAGAAAACCGGAGUUUUUGUAUUAGAAAUUGUUGUCAUAUUGUUUUAUUGUUUGUUGUCUAUCUUUAGAUGAUAAUCACGAGAUCAAUAAUUGUAGUUGUAUUGCAGUGUUCUUGAUUAAAGAUUUCAUUUCUG